ACUCAGACCAAUCUGUGUACUGUACUGUCAUUAGUCCUACCAUAUCAACAAACAACUUGUCAACAAUACAAUUGAACAAAAUGGAUUAAUACAGCCCAAAAAACUGAGAGAAUCCCGAUUUGAUAAUGUGGCAUUACUGGUGGGCACAUUUCAGUUAUCACCUUGUGAGAUGGUUUCCAAGGGACAACAGGAAGAAGAUAAACAUAGUGCUGGCCAUUUUCACCAUUGGACUUCUGGUGCCCCAGUUUAUCGUCUUGGCUCACAAACACUCCACUAGAUGGUGUCCUGCACAUCUGUUUGAACUGCUCAUUGUUUCGAUCGUAUUCACUUUCAUCUGUCUAGGAUUUUGUUUCCUGUUCAUGAUUAUGAAUCCUGUUCCAAGACCUGUCAAGGUAGCAUUUCACAUUUUUGGUAUCGUUUGCUUUGUGGAGACACUAGUUCACAUUGGAUAUGCCACCAGCAAUGCUGCAAAAGAAGACUGUAAAUCGUCCACUGUUGCACUUUAUUACAUUUCCUACGCAUUCACAUGGAUUGGAGCUGCUAGUCUCGUUUUCAUUUUCCUGAUGGUCCCUUUCUGGGUGAUCAAUGCCAUGAAGCGGGGUAGUGUACUGGACAUGCGGACCAGAGAGGGGGUGUGUUAUGAACCAGUCAAGUGCUGCUCCUGUAUGUGGCACAUUUAGACGUCUGGGAAGUGAACAAGAAAAUACCAGUCCUAUCUUGUAAACUCAUCUAUUUUAUACUAAACUGAACAUUUAUUACGAAUUUCUCAAUUAUUCCCUUCUAUGCAUCUAGUAGUAUAUAUAUGCGUAAUUAAAUGACACAUACUCAGUACAUUGGAAUAUUCAACUUUAAAUUAAAGAUGCAUAUAAAGCUGUGAUUAACUGGUAUAUCUGCCCAUUUUUGUAUUCACAGAG